UGACUGUGUUCAUGUGCCUGGGAGUAUACUACGUGGUAUUCAGUGAUUGGAUGCUGAUCAUGAUUAUUGAUUGACUUUGGGGGAAGAUAUCAUACAAAUAGCUCAGCUUUAAGGGUUUUUAUCUACAGACACUUCUUGAAGUUCUGAGAUCAAGUAACUUCGACUCAGUUAUUUUGUUGGUACAAAAUUUCUAUUCUCACCGGGAAUCAGGAAAGAUGAAGCUCUGUGUUGUCCUUCUGCUGCUGCUCCUGCAGACGUGCUCAGUCUCCACUUAUCAAAACGUGGCCAUGCGCGGAAAAGCGACCCAGUCAAACCAUUAUGAAUUUGGAUUUGCCAGCAACGCUAUUGAUGGAAACCGUGACAAUAAGUUCCUUUCUGGAUCGUGCAGCCACACUGUUGAAGAAAACAACCCCUGGUGGAGAGUGGACCUGCUGGAGCCCUACGUCGUCACCUCCGUCACCAUCUCCAACAGACUAGACUGCUGUUCAGAAAGGCUUGUGGGGGCACAGAUCCACAUCGGCAACUCUUUAGACAACAAUGGUGCAUCAAACCCAGUGGUUGGUACAAUUUCUACAAUCGAGGCAUUGUACACUCUGACUUUCACUCAUCGCGUGGAGGGACGCUAUGUGACUGUGCAUAUACCGGGUGAAGGAAAGAGCCUUGCCCUCUGUGAGGUGGAAGUCUACGGGUACCAUGCCCCAACUGAAGAGAACCUGGCCAUUCAAGGAAAAGCCGCACAGUCAUCACUGUAUUCGUUUUACAAUGCAUAUUAUGCCAUUGAUGGGAGUCGGGACUCCAAGUUCGAUGAUGGUUCGAAUGUGAUGUCCUGCAGUGUCACAACCCAGGAAUCGAACCCCUGGUGGAGGCUGACUCUGCCCAAAACACACAAAGUGUUUUCUGUUAAGAUAACCAACCGAUAUCAAGUCCAUGAACGACUCGAUGGAGCAGAGAUCCGCAUUGGAGAUUCUCUUGUAAACAAUGGUGCUGAAAAUCCCAGGUUUGCUGUAAUCACCAGCAUCCCGGCAGGUGAAACUGUUGAGUUCCAGGUUCCCAACGGGAUGGACGGCCGCUAUGUUUACAUAGGUAUCACUGGAAGAAAGGAGUUCCUGACCCUCUGUGAGGUGGAGGUGUUUGGCUCUGCACUGGAUUAGCAUUCAAUGAAAUGGAUUUGCAAAGAUUCUGUAAUGUGUACACAAAGCAUCCAAAAUAAAAUGUGCAUCUUAAAUAUCA